GUCAGGAUGUAAAGUCACUAGAAAGCUGUGCAACAUGUUCCAGAAGUUUUCGUUCACCUAACAAUGAUUUAUUCUUUUGAUAUAUACAGUGAUGUGUGCUUUUCGUAUUCGGUUUUGGUUAUUAUUCAUACGGUGUUUUUAUUGAUGAGCCCCAGAAGUACAUUUACUGUAGUGCUCUAGUAAAGGCUUUUAUAAUGACUACGUAACUUGACUUGAAAUAGCGUAUGUUGUGAUAAGUUUUGAGUUACUGUGAUUGAGAGCUGACUUUGAAACUGCAGAGACAAUGGGCGAUUUUCUAGAGGAAAUAAAAGGAAAUGCGUCUUCAGAGGGAAAUUUCAUCAAAUGGAGGCAACUUAACAUUUCACACCAAUCAUCUGAUCAGUCAAGACAGCCACUGGGAUCUCAGUUAAACCCUUCAACUUCAUCAGAUCAGGAAUCAGAGACAUCUGAUAGUGAUGACUCCUUCUCUUCAGAUGAUUUUGAUGAUAAUGUAGAAACAGAAUCAAAAAGUGCUCUUCAUUCUCAACCACAUACUGGAAAUGGGAUUAGUUCUCCAGACAAUGUAGGUGAAGGCCUGUAUUUAACAUCCAUAUCAGAAGCAGGCAACCGGAGUUUUCCAAAUUCUUCAAAGCCCCAGGUACCAAAUAAACCCAUGAGUUAUCCCCGUAAAUCAUGUGUGUCUCCUGAGAAGCGCCCGCAAAUGCCUCUUCCUGCAGCUGCUGGAAACCAGGCACCAUUGCUACCACCAAGACCAGGUACAAAGUUGAGUUCGCCACCAGAAAUUUGCAAGAGGGGAUUAGUGCCCGUCCCAAAUUCUGGAGAAAGCCAGCGCUGUAUUCCUACGCCUCCAAAUACUGCCAAACCUGUUGGGAAUGCUCUUUUAAAGCAUGGUUUAAAAGAUUGGCCUCCAAAAAAGCCGUCCGAAAUUUCUGCUAGUCAAAACAGCCAGCCGGAGUGCAUUAGUGAAGGACGGCUGAGUCACCGAUUUGCACCAUCACCCCCAGUGGAAGACACUGAUAAUGAAUAUGAAGUUGUUGGAAGCCCAUCUGGAACAUUCAUAGAAACUGAGUGUCAUAGUGCUUCUUCCUGUGGCUUUCCAUCAAGUCAGGAGCCUCCUCCUCUUCCUAAGAGAAACCAAGAUGGCAGGGAUGGAAACUGGACUGGGCCUGGCCUGCAGCAGCUGUCUUCUACUGCAAGCAAUACUCCUGGUAGACUACACCCACCGUCUUCAUUACACUCAACUAGGAAUCUUUUACCGGGAAACAAUAGCCCAGUUCGUAAACAGCCCUCACAACUGAAACCUCCAAACCUGGCUCAGGGGCCAUUGACGCUUCCAUCAGCAAUUAAAUCCUCGCCACAAUUUGGCCAACAACUUGGUUCUUCUGCGCCUUUAGAAAAAGCUCCCAAACCUCCUACUUCAUUGUCGGAUUUGUCAGACGCUAAAAGACCUCCAUUUCUGCCUCCUUGUGUUGAGCGAAUCAACAUUGGAGAUGGAGUGAGUGUUGAACUAAGCCCUCUUUAUCGGACAUUGAUCGAUAGGCCUUACUUCCAUGUGAUUUCCAGGAGUAAAUCUAAGAAGCUUCUUGAAAAAGCUGGUGAUGGAGUCUUCUUGAUACGACCCUCCACUCGCUCAAGUGAUCCUCUCACUCUUUGCUUGCAGUACGGUGGCAGAACAUACAAUAUCAAUAUCAGGAGGAGAAAUGAUGCUCAUUAUGCACUGGGAACAGAGAAAGUUAAUGAGAUGACAUUCAAAUCUGUUGAUGAAUUAGUGUCUACAUACUCAAAAGAACCCAUCAAGCUCCAAAGUGGGAACCGUGUUAGGCUCUCAAGUUCACCUGCUAAAGAGGACCAUAUAUAUGUUAGGUUGCCUGUUCCUGUCCAAAAGAAAUAUUAAUUGUAACACAUUCCAUACUCUCCAGUUUUUGCUUACCAUAUAAAUUUCCCUAUUUUUACAAUAAAUGUAUCUUCAUUAGUUUUGUUAGAAUUACUGAUUAUGUUAUUUUGAUUAUAUAGGUUAUCAUUAAGCGUGAAGUUGCAUGUUGACAUUGCUAUGAUAACCAGGUCUUGUUGCAUCAGAGUUGUUACUUUAUUUACUAUUGUUAGUAAUUUUAAGGUCUCAAAUCUUAUAAUAUGCCAAACAUUAAACCAUUUACUAUU